CCUCACCCUCACCGAGCUUGGACAUUGCUUAACCAGCCAUCCAUCCCUCCAUCACUUCCAUCACCAUCCACUUCCUGCCCCUCUUUCCAUCUCGUUGUCUGUGGUACGCCCGCAGACAACUUGCUUUCCUCUCCCAAAAUGUCCCCAAACAGAGGAGCAUUGGCGACUCUCUCGCCAAACCAUGAGCUGGACAACGCUUACCCCUCCGCAAGUCAGCUGUAUCCCAUCUUCCGCACCAAAAGCGAACGCGUCUCUUCGACUCCCAAACCGCGUCGAAGAUCGUUGGGGCAGCUUCCCGAGAAGGCUCUUUCCAGCACUGGCGAGCCCUCUAAGCGUGCACGCGUCUCGCUCGGCCAGUCCUCCAGCGUUGGCCGCGGAAGCAUAGCACAUUACUUUGCGCCGUGCACGCCGCUCCGCGCCGGCGUCGCCGGACCCAGCUCGGUCAAGGAAGCCGCCCCAGUGGUCGUCAGGUCUACUCCUAACGUUUGGCGCAGGCAACGCCGCCGUCUUGGACAACAGCCCCCGCGCGACAUCGGCGCGCCGCAUGCAGGUCCAACUUUCCUCACCACCCUCGCGACUUCCUCGUCGAACACCCCUCAUCGCACACCAUGCAACAUCACUCUUCCGUCUCUCAGUAGUGCGAUGGGCGACCGGGAUCACGAUCCAGCGCUGGUCGUGACAUUCAACAAUGCAGCCAAGAUUCUGACCGCCGAGGAAGCGCGUGCCACAGGGAGGCGGCGCCUUUUGGCUAUUGGCGGUGAGGAAGGCGCAAUCCGUGUUCUCGACGUCGACCAACCUCUCAACAGCGGUGCGCCUGAUCACUGGUGGGGUGCCCACAACAACGGAAUCUUUGAUCUCAAGUGGACGGCAGGAGAUGACCGCCUUCUGUCCGCGUCGGCAGACCAGUCUAUCAAAAUUCACGACCUCAACAACGGCCGCCCGCAGCAGGUAGCAACUCUGUUGGGGCAUACUUCGACCAUCAAGUCGGUGACGCUGAUGGAUACGAGUCGCACGAGCAACACCCCAUCGCAAUCUAACAUUGUUGUGUCGGGUGGCCGCGAUGGCAACAUUCACCUUUAUGACCUUCGAUGCCCCGGCAAUAGCUCGAAGGCCCACGAUGGGCCAUCUGGGCGCACGAGGCGUAACCACGCCGCACCAGUUGACAUAUCAGCGGGGAUCGGACCCGUCUUGACUCUUAAGCAGCCUCAUAAUGUUUCCUCGAGUAGGCGGUCGAGCGUCGAUUCUCGAUCGGUGUCACGCACCAUUACGAGUCUCGUCGCAUUGCAGUCGAUGCCUGGCAUUCUUGCUUCUGGUGGCUCCUUUGAUGGUGUCGUCAAGUUGUGGGAUGUGCGCAUGCCCGCUCCCGUGUCGUCACAGCGCCCGAAAGCUACAGCGGCUGGUGAGCUCCCCGACCCAACGGUGACGGGUGAAAAUCCCUCUCGUCGGCCACGAUCCGUCAACGCUCUCUGCGAGGACCCACGAACCGGAGACCUCUACACACUUUGUGGCGACUCCCAGAUCCACGUCCUGCGGCCAUCCGCUGCUCAGGCCGACAACCCGCUCGAAGCGAUCAUGCCCUACAAAUAUGCGCAUCCUGAUCUCCUCACUCGGUCGUUCUACAUCCGCAUGUCCAUCUCUUCCGAUGGGCGAUACCUUGCGUGCGGCUCGAGUCAUGCGGGGGUGAUGACCUGGGACACGGAUUACGCUCGUCACACCUCCACGAUUUGUGCGACGCGUCUUGCGGUGCCCUCUGUACCCACACCAGAGGUGAUCGCCGUCGACUGGGGCAAAGAUAUGCUGUCUGCAUCCUCCGAUGACGGUGUCACCCGCAUCUGGCGUCCAUCUUUCGGUCUGGCUCCGUAGCAAACAUAAGCUAAAACGGACCUCUUGUCAUGUCAUAAUCAUUUUCCUUUACACUUAAUGCAUCUUUGUGCAGAGCAA